AUGUCGACAAAUGAGACAUCGUUCAAGCCUGCGUUGCAUGUUGAAUGCCGUAUGCGAGAUACCGAUGGCUUUGUCAGACCUGAUCGGGUCCGUGAGGAAGUCACCGAAUGGAUAUGUGAGAAUUUUAUCAGUCUGAGAAUCGAUCAGAGGCUUGAAAACUAUGAGGAACUGAAUCACGGCGGCGCCAUCCAGUCAAUAAGCGUUGUUGGCUUUUCUGGUGUACAGGAGGAUUCCUUAUUCCAUCGACUUGCCGACGUCCAACUCGACGUCCAAGCUUACAUGCUUCAUCCAUAUGUGGUUGAUGACCAUGUCAGUGAAGUAAGACCAGGACAGCAACAUGACGACGAGCUAAAACCCAAGACACGCACCAUGCCUCUGCCAAGCGCAAAUAUACACGGUUUAUGGGAAUCGUUCACAACAAGAAUGGGUAUUGUAAUAUAUUGGCUGAACUGCAUUCGCGAGCUGACUAGCAAAGUAUCAAUGACGAAAAGCCAGCGAUUGGACCCAAACAUUGUCAGCUGGAAUCACUUGGUUCUGCUUUACGGUCCACCCGGGACGGGGAAGAGUUCUUUGUCACGGGCUCUUGCGCACAAGCUCACCAUUCGCCUGGGAAAGUACUUCUUACGCGGGAAACUCGUUGAGGUCGAUCCGCAGUCUCUGUUCAGCAGGUACUUUGGUGAGAGUGGACAGCUCGUGGCGCAAAUCUUUGAACAGAUCAACGCAAUGGCUGACGAUGAGGCUUGCCUUAUCUGCGUAGUCAUCGAUGAAGUCGAAACAUUGACCAGCCCUCGCGAGAGAGCUGCCACGGGAAACGAAUGUGGUGAUGCAUUGCGUGCGACAAAUCAGCUACUCACCUGCAUUGACGCCCUGCGUCACCGCCCAAACAUUGUACUCUUCUGUACUAGCAACAUGUUGCAAGCAAUCGAUUCAGCCUUUGUGGACCGCAUUGACAUCAAGCAGCUUGUUCCUAAUCCAUGUCCAAGAGCAAUCUACGAAAUCUUUCGCACUUGCAUAAACGAGCUCCUCCGCACGGGAGUUCUUGUACCCAGUAAGAGUAAUAACGAGGACCCGAACCUUAAUAUGAGGCCAGAAUCUCCACUAAGCCAGUCUGUACAUGAUUUUGUUUUAAUUGAACCUAUCUCGAUUCCAAGAUUCGCGGAGAUGGAAAUUCGCCUUUACGACCAGCCGCAUGCUCCAGCACGAAAGUUAUGGAUAAUAUCGCAAAAGGCAGAUGGGCUGAGCGGUCGCACACUACGAAAGCUUCCCUUCCUGGCUCUCGCUCUCUAUACCUUCACCGAGCCAAGUACGAUCCAUGAAGGUCUCUAUGCACUAUCUCUAGCCGUUGAACAUGAACUUCGCGCCUACAAUCCCCACGACACUGACUUGAGUGACUGA